AUGGCGGAAGAACGGAAGGGAACACCAGAAACGACCAGAAAAUUGGAAUUUGGUCAAGCAGGAGACAUCUGGAACCAGAAGGAAGCACGAGACGAUCAAGAAGAUUGCCAUGAGACAAGUCAUGGCGAUCCGCCGUCGAAUGAUGAAAAUCUACGGAGCGAGUCGGAUAUUUAUAGGGGAGUGAGGCUCCUCCCACUCAUGGUGAAAUGGUGGUUUGGUAUUGGGAAAGGGGAAGGAAAUUGUUGGUUCCCUUUUGUGAACUCCAAGACCACGUAUGUGUGCCCAACUGACAUUUUCAAAGUUAUAGACUUGGCUACUGUAGCAGUCGAGCCAAGUACCUUUAAAUUCAUCGACUUCACAACACUCUUCGCUCGCUCGGAGAGGAAUGAGAAGGUUAUGCUGAAAACGGCGCGCUUUGGUUAUUUGCUCAACCUAUGCGCAUCUCCAGGACGCCCAACAGACCCCCGUCUCACUCAUUCAUCUCUGUCUCCUGCAGCAGCGAUGUCAUCCUCUUUUCCUCUCUUCAAUCUACCUCUUGAAGCAAUUCUUCAAGUGAUUAAAACUAUGGACCCCUUUGCAUUCAUAGGCUUCACACUUCUCUCCAAAAGAGCGCAAGUUCUAGUGAACUCUUUGAAUCUAGAGACAGUCGGUAUAAAAGUUGAAGUAACCGAUUCGAUAUUUGUCUGUAUGUUGGUUGGAGAAAAUAUCUUGGAAUGGGAGUUCACGAAGGGAAACCAAUCAAAACCGGAUAAAAUGAAACUGAAAAUUUUCGAAGAACGCCCUAAAAGGGGAUGGACUAUAAUAGGUUAUAAUUUUAAAGAAUGGAUGGAUUACUUCAAAACUACUUUUGACUGUUCUGGAUUUCAUUGGAUUGAGUUUCGUGAAGGCUCCCAUGUACAAGAUAUCAAUGAAAUAGGAACUUCGAUCGGGUGGAUUAAAGAACUUCAAAUUUCAAUUCACACCGAUGAAAGGGAUCAUGUUGAGUUGAUACUGAAGCAUUUCCCAACGAAGUCACUUCGUUUAAGGGGAACUUCCGAUAUUCUCCUUCAUCCUCAUCGAGUUUUGAUUCAAAACUAUGAUAGCCUCGAACUCCUUUCGGGUCCGGAGAAACCGGUUUCCUUGACAAUCGAUGAGAUGUUGCUGUUGAAUAGCAAGGAAAUAAAAAUCGGUCUGAUAAAUCUGACAGAGAAAAAUAUCAACAGGUUCAUCAAGCAUUGGCUGAGAGGAUCCAAUCCUCGAAUAGAAAGUUUGAAAAUUCAAGUUCUCUCCGCUGACGAAGAAGUGGUCUUUCCAAUUAUAAAUAAAGCUGUUGUUUUUAAAGGAAUCAAUCAUAUGGAGGUACCUAUCAACCAAGUGAGAUAUUUCAAAAGCAGCAGUGGAGAAACAUUACCAAUCAAAGGAGGUUAUGAUUUUUAUAGAAAUGACAGAACUAAGGCAACGAUUGAUAUUUAUGGAGAUGAAGACUCGUGCUUGCUGACAAUGUAUGUCUGGUAUCCGCAUUGUGUUGGAAAUUCUGAAUGA